AUGAAGGGAAAUGCCAAAGCCUACCAAAAGAUCUUGUUACGUGGUCGAAUACUGCGGAAAGUUGGAAGAGUCGAUUGCAGCACCAUCAUUCUCGGCUACCCUUCUGCUUUGCCCAUUUACACUUCACCCGUUGGUCUGGCCAAGUUGGUACAUCCAUCGGGUGAGUGCGCUAUCGCUUCAGCAGCUGGAAAAGAAGGCUGCAUCCAGGUAGUCAAUACUGUUUCCAGUAUGCCAAUCGAGCAAAUCAUGGAUGCACGCAUCUCAAAGGACCAAGUCGUUUUCUGGCAGCUGUAUGCGGACAAGGAUUUGGAAAUGUCAAAGGCGUUCAUCAAAAGAGUUGAAAGCGCCGGUGUGGCAGCCAUUUGGCUCACGGUUGACUCUCCUGUUGUUGGUAAUCGUGAGCGAGAUGAGAGAUCAAAAUCAAUAGAAGAGAAAAUGGAGGAAUUUGUCGAGACAACACAAAGCGUCGGCAUUGCAAAAGCAAACACUGGCUUCAUCGACGCCGACCUUGACUGGGACAUGGUUGACUGGCUACGAAAAUCCACCAAGUUGGCAAUUGUGAUCAAAGGGAUCCAGUCGGUCGAAGAUGCCGUCUCGGCUUUUCAUCACAAAGUCGACGGCAUCGUGCUCAGCAAUCAUGGAGGUAGAUCCCAAGACACUGCCCAGCCUCCGCUUUUAACACUCCUCGAAAUCGAUCGAUAUGCUCCUCAAAUCCUUGGCAAACACAUACAAGUCUUGGUCGAUGGUGGCAUAAGACGAGGCACCGACAUAAUCAAGGCACUAGCGUUAGGAGCAACUGCUGUUGGCAUUGGAAGACCAGUAUUGUACAGCAUGUCUGGCGGAUAUGGCGAAUAUGGUAUCAGGCGCCGGAUCCAAAUUUUUCGAAACGAACUGCAGACGAACAUGGGCUUCGUCGGCGCAAGCAAUCUUAGGGAAAUUGAGCGCAACAUGGUCAACACAAGGAAGCUGGAAAGAAACAUGGUAGGGUCGGUAAAGUUAUAG